AUGAUGCCCAAGCUCGCACGAAAGCAGCACCUGUUCUCGGAGAUGUGGAAGCUCGCGCUGUUCAGUGUGCAAAUUAAGCCGUCGGUCAAUUGCGAGCACGUCUUUUCCGCCCGUACCGUCAUGAAGGGGGACCGGCGGACGCGCUUGUCAGCUAUCCGGCUUAACGAGAGUCUUUUCGUGAAGCUGAAUACGUCGGGGUCCUUCAAGAAGGAGGAUGCAGUGUUGAAGGGGGCAAUGGCCAAGUACAAGUCCUCCACUAGGAUGCACCUCUACAUGCACAUCGCCGAUAAGGUCAAGAAUAUCCUUCGCGACCCGCGCUUCAACCGCAUGCGGUCGGCUUUGUGA